AUGAAACUCUUUGAUGAUUUAUGUAAUGACCUUGAUCUUGUGGAUUUUCCUCUUUCCGGUGCCAAGUAUACUUGGAGCAGACCGCCUAACAAGAAGAGCAAGAUUGACCGUUUUCUUUUCUCGCCGGAUUGGGAAGAUCAUUUUCCAAAUAUCAUCUUCAAGCGCCUUGCAAGACCUUUUUCGGAUCAUUUUCCUAUUGAGUUAUGCUUAUUAGAUUCCGAUUGGGGUACUUGCCCUUUUCGAUUUCAAUUAGCUUGGAUUGAAGGUACUAACAUAAUCCCUUUAUUGAAAGAAUGGUUGGAGUAUUUUUCCUUUGUAGGUACGGCGGGUGAAUGUUUUGCAAAAAAGCUAAAUGCUUUGAAGGAGAAAUUAAAAGUGUGGAAUAGAGAAGUGUUUGGGAGCAUUGAUAGGUCUAUUGACACGUCUCUAACCAAGUUGAAAGAAUUGGAUGAUUUAGAUGAUGAUAGGGGUCUCACCGAAGUUGAAGAAGACAUGCUUGUGACGGAUAAAGUGGAUUUUGAGGUGGCUCAUCGUCGUCAAAGCAUAAUGUUGAGACAAAAAUCAAGAAUUAGAUACUUUAGAGAUGGUGACCGUAACACAAAAUAUUUUCAUCGAGUAGUGAAAGGUCAUAGAGCGUUUAACAACACCAAUAACCUUCGUAUCAAUGGACGUUGGACCGGAAACAAGGAAGAAAUCAAGUUGGGUAUUGCAAAUCAUUUUGAGUUAGCUUUUAAAGAAAUUCCAUACAAUCGUCCAAGAAUCAAGAGUAUGUGUCUAAAGCGUAUUGAUAAGAAUGCAAGUAUUUGGUUGGAGAGACCUUUUAGUGAAGAGGAAGUAAAGAUUGCAAUUAAAGAUUUGGGAAUUGAUCGUGCUCCGGGUCCGGAUGGAUUUCCUAUGAAGUUCUUUAUUGUGGGCGUUGAAGAAGUAAAAGAUUUUCGGCCUAUUAGGCAUAUUGGGAGCAUGUACAAAAUCAUCUCAAAGGUUUUCGCGGAGCGUUUAAAGAGAGAACAAGUUGAUGCCCUUCGUUACCUUCUUCUUUGUUUCGAGUUAACUUCGGGUUUGAAGAUAAAUUUCUCUAAACGUAGCUUAUUUAGUGUCGCGGCCGAAGAGGAAGUUGAAACUUAUGCUACCAUGUUAGGUUGCAAGUAUGCGAGUUUUCCUAGUAUAUAUCUCGGCCUCCCUUUGGGAGACAAGGUAGGAGGCACUCAAAAAUGGGAAAGAACUCUUGGAAUUUGUGCGAAAAGAGUCACUUCUUGGAACGGAAAAACAAUAUCAAGAGGAGGUAAGUUAGCUCUCAUCAAAAGCAUUUUAGCUAGUCUCCCCAUUUAUUAUCUCUCUAUUUUUCUUGCUCCAUGCUCCAUAACUAAGAAAAUUGAUAAAGUUGUGAGAAAUUUCUUAUGGGAUGAUGAAAGUAGGAAAAGAAUUCACAAUAUUGGUUGUAAAUUGGCUUCAAAACCAAAAGAAAAAGGUGGUCUUGGUAUAAGAAGAACUAAGCAAAUGAACUCGGCUUUGCUAAAAAAAUGGUGGUGGCGUUUUGGCGAAGAGAAAGAUGCGUUGUGGAGGAAUCUCAUGGUUGAAAAAUUUGGAGAAACAUUUACCAGUUGGGAAACUCUCCAACCCAAAGGACCAAAAGGUGGUAGCUUGUGGUUUAAUAUCUACAAAGAACUUGAAGAUUUCAACAAAAGUAUUAGAUUCAAGAUCGGAGCGGGCAAGGAAACUAGAUUUUGGGAAGAUUCUUGGCUUGAUGAAGGAAGAUUAUGUGAUAUGUUCCCUUUGGCUUAUAAAGCUUCAAGGACCAAGGAGUUUGUUGUGGCUAGUAUGUAUGAAGUUGGGGAAGGUUGUAUAAGGUGGGGGUUUAUGUCUAGGCAAAGAUACUCUCAUACCAUUUCAAGUGAAGUAACAUCCAUAUCAAAUCUUCUUUCUUCCAUCUCUAUUCAAGAAGGUGUUUUGGAUAGCCGAGUUUGGGUCGGAAAUAAUCAUGGUCAAUACACGGUUAAGGAGGGAAUUAAGAGCGAAAAAGAUCAAGGACUCAGAUUUGGCGAUAUUAUGGUUUAUGGAGGCGUUGAAAGGAGAAAACGAAGAAGUAGAGAGAAGAAGAGAAUAGGAUCUAGGGUUCUUGGAGUAUUUUAG